UCUAAUUAUACCGUACAGUUGUUUCGCAGAGAAAAGUAAAUCAACUCGAGUGCUUUAUCAGACUGCGGUCAUAUCGUAAUGUCGCAAAAGUCAAUCUUGUCGUUUUUCGGGAAGCAACCGGCAAAGAGUAACGGAAAAAACACAGCACCGGAGGGCAAAACGAAAGCUGAAACGAACGAAGCGGAUGAAAAUCAGCCAACAAAAAGUGAUGUGAGAUUGGCACCGAUCAAAAGCGAUGACAGUGAGGCAUCUCAGUCGCCUUUGAAAAUAUCGAAAGGCACGUCCAAACGCAAACGCGUUCUGUCAUCCAGCGGCAGCGAGGAUGAUGAAUCACCGAAACCAGUGAAAAAAAGUACGUCCCCGGAUGAAAAGAAGCAGACAUCGGUCUCUGUAAAAAGUUCGCCGAAAUCGCCCAAAAAGAGCACACCUGCCAAGAGCAAGAAGCAAACGUCUCCACCUUCUGUGAGUCCCAAAACAAAAGCCAAGCCGGAUGAUAAACAAAAAAAAUCCGAAUCAUCGAAAACUGCAGUUGUACCGAAAAGCGAGAAACCUGCGCCAAAGUCCACGAAUUGUGGGGCACUCAACUUCUUCACCUCCGUUAAAAAGGAAUCGACUAGUGAGGGCACCGGAACCAGCGAUGGGUCCGACUACGAUCCCGGAAAGAAAAACUAUCACCCGAUCAAGAAUGCCUUCUGGAAAAAGGGUGACCGAGUCCCGUACCUGGCACUGGCCCGGACGUUUCAGGCGAUCGAAGAAACGAGCGGUCGGCUGCGUAUGAUUGAAAUUCUGGCCAACUACUUUCGCUCGGUGAUACUGCUCAGUCCAUCCGAUCUGCUGGCCAGUGUUUACCUAAGCCUCAAUCAACUCGCACCGGCCUACGAAGGUGUUGAGCUCGGCAUCGCCGAGCACUCGCUGAUGAAAGCGAUCGCACAGAGCACGGGACGCAGUUUGGCCCAAAUUAAAGCGGAUGCUCAGACAACCGGAGACUUGGGACUGGUGGCGGAGCAAUCGAAGAGCAGCCAGCGCAUGAUGUUCCGACCGGCUUCACUGACUGUCGAGAGUGCGUUCACCAAGCUGCGCGAAAUUGCCUCAAUGACCGGGACUGCGUCAAUGACGAAGAAGAUGGACAAGAUCCAGUCAAUGUUUGUUGCCUGUCGGUACUCGGAGUCUCGUUUCAUUAUCCGCUCGCUAGCCGGCAAGCUGCGCAUAGGCUUAGCGGAACAAUCGUUACUGCAGGCGCUCGCCCAAGCUUGUGCUAUGACUCCUCCGGAGUUGGCCAGCGGAGACUCCCUGGUUGUCGAUGCACUAGCCAGGGAACCGGAGGCGCGAGUGAAAGCUCGGAUGGAAGAGAUCGCACUUACGCUAAAGACGGUCUACUGUCAGUGUCCAAAUUACCACAAGAUCGUGCCCGUGUUGCUAGAGUUUGGUGUCGGAGCAGUACUGGAACGCUGUCCAAUGAUGCCCGGUACACCGCUUAAGCCAAUGUUGGCCCAUCCGACGAAAGGUGUUCAGGAGGUGCUGCAGCGGUUUGAUGGUGUUGAUUUUACGUGCGAGUGGAAGUACGAUGGGGAGCGAGCCCAGAUCCAUCUGCUUCCCGGUGACGGAGUGCACAUUUUCAGUCGCAAUCAGGAGAACAACACGAGCAAGUACCCGGAUGUGAUCGGACGGCUGCCAUUUACACGUAAGGACACCGUCAAGAGUGCGAUUCUGGACUGUGAAGCCGUGGCAUGGGAUGUAGAGAAGCAGCAGAUUCUCCCGUUCCAAGUGCUGAGCACCCGAAAGCGCAAAGAUGCCACGGAAGCCGACAUCAAGGUGCAGGUGUGUGUGUUUAUGUUCGACCUGCUCUACCUCAACGGCGAGCCACUGGUCGAGCGGCCGUUUCGUGAAAGGCGCGAUCUGUUGUAUGCGCACUUUCGCGAGGUCGAGGGGCAGUGGAAAUAUGCCACACGGCUCGAUACGAGUGAUCUGGACGAGUUGCAGCGCUUCCUGGACGAAGCGGUUCGUGGCAACUGCGAAGGGCUGAUGGUGAAAACGCUGGAACGCGACGCAACGUACGAGAUCGCGAAACGAUCGCGCAACUGGCUUAAACUGAAGAAGGACUAUCUGACCGGGGUCGGAGAUUCGCUAGAUUUGGUCGUUAUCGGUGGUUAUCGGGGUCGCGGCAAACGAACGGGUACCUAUGGAGGUUUUCUGCUCGCCUGUUACGACGCCGCCAACGAGGAGUAUCAGACAAUCUGCAAAAUUGGAACGGGCUUUUCCGAUGAAGAUCUGCAGAAGCACACCGAAUUUCUCGGGGCACACGUAAUACCGCGGGCCAAGUCGUACUAUCGGUACGAAGCGAACCUGGAACCGGACGAUUGGUUCGAAGCGGUCCAAGUUUGGGAGGUGCUGUGUGCCGAUCUUUCGCUCAGCCCGAUCCACCAGGCCGCCGUCGGUAUAGUCGAUCCGGAGAAGGGUAUUUCGUUGCGCUUCCCUCGCUUCAUUCGCGUGCGCGACGACAAAUCAGCGACCGAUGCGACAACCGCUCAGCAGGUGUCCGAUAUGUACCUUAAUCAGGACCAGAUCAAGAAUCAGGCACAGGGACAAGCAACUCGUGACCCAGAGGAGGAUUUCUAUUGA